GCAGCACUCUGCAUUACUUGGAGAUCUGAUCAGUAAGCAUGGCCAACAGCUGCACGAUCACCAAAAAGCCGCCGAUUCUGGUCCGUGCCUGCGAGGCGACGCCGCGGGGGAGCCACCGGCUGUCCUUCCUCGACCGCCGGCCAGAGAUUCGGCUGUCCUUGGACGUCCUCCUGGUCUUCCGGCGCGGCGGCGGGGAAGAUCCGGCGAAGACUAUAAGGGAAGGGCUGUCGCGGGCGCUCGUGCACUACUACCCGGUCGCCGGACGGAUCGCCGAGCCCGCCGGCGGCGAGCUGGCGAUCGAGUGCUCCGGCGACGGCGACGGCGUGUGGUUCGUCGAGGCCUCCGCCGAAGGCCGCCUCGACGGCUUCGGCGAUUGGGAUUUGAUCCUGCGCCUGAUUUUCGCGGCGGGGCUCGUGGCGCGGCCUCCGCCGGAGGUGAAUAUGGAGAACGUCAUCUUCAUGAUGCAGGUGACAGAAUUCAAGUGCGGCGGCUUCACAGUCGGCAUUACUUACAACCACACGGUCUUCGACGGCGCCGGCUCCGCCCAAUUCCUGAACGCCGUGGCCGAGCUGACGAGAGGUCUCGCCGAGCCAACCGUCAGCCCCACCUGGUGCCGAGAACUCAUUCCGAGCCCACCCCGGCCCACCACUUCAGCCCAAGGGCCGGAGGGGCCCAAGAUUCAAUUCACCUUCGACAGUUUCAAACUUGCCGAAUUCGACAUUUCCCUCCAAAGCGUCAAGCAAGUCAAGGACCGAGUCACCGCCGAGACUGGCCAAAGUUGUUCCACCUUCGACGUGGUCACGGCCGUAGUGUGGCAGUCGCGCACACGGGCGAUCAACCUCGACCCCGACGCCGACGUCGGCCUCUCCUUCAUGGCGAAUGCUCGCCACGUUCUACACGAGCUCCUUUCGAUCGAAGGCGGCUACUACGGGAACUGCGUGUAUACCGCAGGGAUCACCUUACCGAGCAAGCAAGUCGCGAAUGCGUCGCUCGUCGUGUUAGUCGGGCUAAUUCGAGAAGCUAAGCGAACCGUGUCGGACGGAUUCUCGCGUUGGAUGAAUGGAGACGGAGCGACGAAUUUACACGCCCUGCAGGACUACCGAAUGUUGACCGUUACGGAUUGGAAUCGGCUGGGGUACUGUGAGAUCGACUUCGGGUGGGGAGAGCCAAGCUUCGUCUACCCGUGCGGUUGUAGUUCCGAGUUCAAUGUUGUGUGUUCGUGCGCCUUCCUCAAGCUGCCCAUGCCGAAACAGGGCAUCAGGUUGGUGAUGCACUGCGUCGAAGAGCAGCACUCGGCGGCCUUGCAUGAUGAAUUGAUGAAGUUCGCCUAAGUCCUCGCACUUUCAAAGGUUGCGAGGUUGAUUCCCGCAUGUCGAAAUUUAUCGAUCGAGUUUCUAGAAUAAAAUAACAAAACAAAAAAAAAAAGAAGAAAAAAACUAGCUGAAUGCGUGCUUAGCUAUGCCUGGAUGUGUCGUAAAAUAAAAUAAACUGGAACAAAUUUGUGAUCA